GCGGGCUGAAGGAGGAGGAGGAGAAGAAGGGGAGCGAAAGUGAGUGAAGAAAGUUCUCAGUGAGGGUGAGGUAGGAAGGACCAUCUAAGUUGAAGAGAUUUUCUCCCCCCACCUCCCCCACUCCGCUUCUCUCCCUUUUUCUUCUGACCAACCGUAAAGAAAAGCAUCGCUGAGGAGGAACCGCAGCUGCUGCACAAACAUCUUCCAUCAUCACUUUUACCUGCACAUGCGCGCUCCCGAUAGCCGGCAGUUGGAGUGCGCGACACGGACGCGAGGAGCCCAGACUGUUCCACCGUGAGCGGCUGCCCCGGCCGACGCUCCUCUGACCCCGGCAGGUGUCCGCUUUACCGACCGGAUGGAUCCGUGGACGACGUGGCUGCUGUUGGUGUUUGUGACGGUGUCCCACACCACAUGGGCAGCCAACACAGUGGAUGUCCUGAAGGUCCUGGAGCUGUCAGAGGACAUGGAGGGCGUGUCCCUGGAGGCGGGUCUGUGCACCAGCAGGAAGGACAGGGAGGAGACGGAUCUUUCCUUUAAGAUUGACAAGAAGAUUCAGCUGAGCGCUCCAACCAAACAGCUGUUCCCUGAUUCACCAUUUCCUGCAAACUUCUCAGUGAUGACCACUGUCCGAGCCUCCAAAGGCUCCCAGGUCUUUCUUCUAUCCAUCUACGACCCCCAGGGCACGCAGCAGCUGGGCCUGGAGAUCGGCCGCUCUCCCGUCUUCCUGUACGAGGACCACCAGGGUCAACCCACUCCUGAACUUUACCCAACCUUUCGAAAGGUCAACCUGGCUGAUGGCAAGUGGCACCGCGUGGCCUACAGCGUGGAGGGCCAAUCAGUGACUCUCCAUCUGGACUGUGUAGAAGUGGAGACACUGGAGCUGCUCAGAGCCCACCAGCCCCACGUCAGCACCGAGGGGGUGUCCGUGUUCGGAACCCGCCUCUUGGACGAAUACGUGUUUGAGGGAGACAUCCAGCAGCUGCUGAUCACAGACGAUCCCACAUCAGCACAGACCUACUGUCAGGACUACAUCCCAGACUGUGAAGCCCCUCUGCCCUACGACAGCAUCCUGACUGAGGCUGAGGAGGUGGAGAGGCCGCCAAGGAAACAUGUGGUCGAGGAGUUUGAGGAGUUUGACUACAGCGACCUCUACGAUGACCUCUCCACCUCCACGGUGACCGUCGGCCCCAACGUCACAGAGUACGAGAUCGUGGAGUACGAGGAUUACGACAACGGCACAGAUUUGUACCACGUCGACCGGUACGAGUACGAGGAAGAGUACGACGAGCGGUACGGACCGGCUCAGAAAGAGCGAGAGUAUUCUCUGAGCGCACAGGACAUCCCUGAGAAAGGAGAGAAAGGAGAACCAGGAUAUCUGGGCCUGGGAACCCAGAUCACAGGACCAUCUGGACCUGCGGGACCGGAGGGAGAAGCAGGACCUCCAGGAAUCACAGGCCCAGUGGGACCUCGAGGAGACCCCGGGGAGCUGGGUCCCCCGGGGCGACCAGGACUCAGUGGGGCUGAUGGGAUACCAGGUCCUCCAGGCAACGUCAUGAUCCUCCCGUUUCAGUCAGGCGGGGGUCCAAAGGCCGGCACUCUGGUGUCUGCUCAGGAGGCUCAGGCCCAGGCCAUCCUGCAGCAGACCAAGCUGGCUAUGAAGGGACCACCAGGACCACUAGGCCUCCGAGGGAGACCCGGACCGUUGGGAGAACCUGGGACGUCUGGACUGAAGGGCAGCAGCGGUGACAUGGGCCCCCCGGGUCCACCUGGACUGCCUGGUAUCCCUGGUCAGAACGGCCGACCUGGGAAAUGGGGUCGAGCAGGUGCAGACGGGACCCGCGGUGCAAUAGGAGAAUCUGGAGCCAAGGGAGACCGGGGCUUCGACGGUUUGCCUGGCCUUCCUGGAGAUAAAGGACAUAUUGGAGAGAGAGGGAAACCCGGCCCUCUAGGUCCUCCUGGAGAACCAGGUGAAAAGGGCUCCGAGGGGCCGGCGGGGCCCAGAGGAAACCCAGGUGACGCUGGCUCCAGAGGUCUGACUGGGCCCAGAGGUCGUCCUGGACCCCCAGGCCAGGCCGGACUUCGAGGCAUUGAUGGUGUCCAAGGCUCCAAGGGGAACACAGGACAACCGGGAGAGAUCGGAGCGCCGGGACAACAAGGCAACCCUGGCAUCGUGGGCUUCCCUGGUCCUCAAGGGUUGGUGGGGCUGCCAGGUGAUAAGGGUCCUCAAGGGAAAAAAGGGAUGCAGGGAUUACCUGGAAACGACGGGCCCCCAGGUCAUCCUGGGAGGGAGGGAACACCAGGUGAAAAAGGACUGCCAGGCCCUUCAGGAGUGCAGGGGCCCGUUGGAUAUCCUGGCCAACGAGGGGUUAAGGGAGCUGAUGGUAUCAGAGGACUGAAGGGAAGCAAAGGAGAGAAGGGUGAGGAUGGUUUCCCAGGAGCCAAGGGAGAAAUGGGAGGAAAGGGAGACACUGGAGACAAUGGGAUGACAGGAGCCAGAGGAGAAGACGGACCAGAGGGGCCCAAGGGCCAAAUGGGUCCCCUGGGUGAACUUGGCCCAGCUGGUACCUCUGGAGAGAAGGGCAAACUCGGUGUUCCUGGACUUCCAGGAUAUCCAGGACGACAAGGUCCAAAGGGAUCUGACGGCUUCCCUGGAGUACUGGGAGCCCCAGGAGAGAAAGGGAAAAAAGGUCCGGCGGGACAGGGAGGCAGCGUUGGACAAAGGGGUCCAAAUGGUGCACGAGGAGCCAGGGGGGCCAGGGGGCCCACGGGGAAAUCAGGAGAAAAGGGGGCCUCUGGAAACGACGGACCCCCGGGGUCUCCAGGAGACAGGGGACCUCAAGGCCCUCAAGGACGGAAUGGUGAGCCAGGACCAAAGGGGGCAGUGGGUCCAGCAGGUAAAGAUGGACUUCCAGGUCACCCAGGUCAACGAGGAGAACCAGGAUUCCAAGGGAAGACCGGUCCUCCUGGACCAGGUGGUGUGGUAGGACCUCAGGGUAAAUCUGGAGAACCAGGUCCAGUAGGAGACCGAGGUCAUCCGGGGGCACCAGGAGUUCCUGGAGAACACGGUUUACCUGGAGCUGCUGGAAAGGAGGGUGGAAAGGGGGACCCAGGUUCACAUGGGGCAUCUGGAAAGAACGGCCCCACGGGUCUGAAGGGGUUCAGGGGGAGUCGAGGAGCACCUGGAAUAAUGGGUCCUCCAGGUCUGAAGGGAGGAGCUGGACCUCAAGGAUCCCCCGGUGGAAUAGGGGCGACAGGGGAGAGGGGUCCUCCAGGGGCAGCCGGGGCCAUCGGUCAGCCUGGCCGGGCCGGAGCGGUUGGAGGAGGUGGACCAAUGGGAGAAAAGGGGGAGCCUGGAACUGCUGGACCUAUUGGACCAGCGGGUCAGGAUGGAGAGCAGGGACCAGGUGGGAUGCCUGGAGCUACAGGUCCUGCUGGACAUCCAGGGGACGAUGGAGACAAGGGAGAGCAGGGAGGUCCAGGACAGAAGGGAAGCAAAGGAGACAAAGGAGAAGCAGGCCCCCCAGGUCCCACUGGCCCCCAGGGGCCCAUUGGUCAACCAGGUGUUCCAGGAGUGGAUGGACAGUCCGGUCCUCGGGGUCAGCAGGGCAUGUAUGGUCCAAAAGGAGACGAGGGUCUGCGUGGCUUUAAAGGAGCAACAGGACCAAUAGGAUUACAGGGUAUGCCGGGUCUUCCAGGAGAAAAGGGUGAGAGUGGACACGUGGGACUGAUGGGUCCACCUGGACAACAAGGACCCAACGGAGCCCAGGGACCAAUCGGAGGACAGGGUCCCAGUGGUCGGGCAGGGAUGAUCGGUCAGCCGGGGGUCGUUGGAGAGAAGGGGGAGGACGGUGAGGCAGGCGACCCUGGAUCAGUCGGGGUCUCAGGAAGGACGGGUGAAAAAGGAGACCAGGGGGAGAAGGGGGACACGGGCGCCCCGGGGGCCGCAGGUCCACCAGGAUCUCGAGGUCUUCCUGGACAGGAUGGAUCCAAGGGCAACUCUGGUCCUAUUGGUCUGACUGGGGACAUUGGACAACAGGGAGAGGCUGGACCUAACGGUGUGGACGGUCUGCCGGGGUCUAAAGGAGACACUGGAGAUCCUGGGACACCUGGUCCACCAGGAGCAGCAGGAGAACCCGGACCUGCUGGACCUCCUGGACGAAGGGGCCACUUGGGAAAACCGGGAAAGGAGGGGAAGGCGGGCGUGAAGGGGGUGAAGGGAGCUCCUGGUCUGGAGGGGCCCGUAGGAAAAACAGGACCAGUAGGAGCACAGGGACACCCGGGAAGACCUGGGCUCCAGGGUCUGAGAGGGAUCCCCGGACCUGCAGGGGAGCAGGGCUUGAACGGACCCCUAGGACAGACCGGUCCACCAGGUCCAAUGGGUCCACCAGGACUGCUUGGACUGAAAGGAGACCAUGGGAAGAAGGGAGACAAGGGUCACGGAGGACUCAUCGGCCUCAUCGGACCACCAGGAGAUAUUGGAGAGAAGGGGGACAGAGGACUUCCAGGAAUCCAAGGACUGCCUGGUCCAAAGGGAGACGAGGGUCCAGUUGGCUCAGCAGGUCCCUCUGGACCCCCCGGCCCCACCGGCCUGUCUGGGAUUGUGGGUACGAAAGGCUCCAAAGGAAACCAGGGACCCAUUGGCCCCCGAGGAGACACCGGACCAGCAGGGCCUCCAGGACCUCCAGGGCUGCCAGCCUCUGGGAUGUACCCUCUGCCCGAGCGGGGGAGGAGAAGGAGAACCCACGUCUCUGAGGACGGUGCUGCCCCGGAGCAGGAGGAGGAGGAGGAGCAGGAGGAGGAUGUAGUGGACGGAGGAGAGGUGGAGUGGCUGCAGGGCGACCAGGCGGAGACGGACAACUGGGUGAAGAAGGAGGGCCAAGACAUGGAGGAGGUGUUUGCGUCUCUGUCCUCCAUGAAAGUAGACGUGGAGGGACUCAGAAACCCCCUGGGGACGUACCACAGCCCGGCUCGCACCUGCAAGGAGCUGUGGCUCCUCAACCCCAGACUCCCCAACGGUGAAUACUGGAUCGACCCUAACCAGGGCUGUCACCGAGACUCCUUCAAAGUGUUCUGUAACUUCACAGCUGAGGGAGAGACGUGUCUCUCUCCUGACAGGAAGUUCCAGUCGGUGAAGUUGGCUGGAUGGAAGGGAGAGAAACCAGGCACCUGGUACAGUACGUUCAGGAAAGGGAAACAGUUUUCUUACUCUGGAUCAGAUGGCGUCCCCGUCCACAUCGUCCAGCUGACCUUCCUGAAGCUGCUGAGCGCCACGGCCAAGCAGACCUUCACCUACCACUGUCUGAACUCCGCCGCGUGGCUGCACACCGCCACCUACGGCCACGAACACGCACUGCGCUUCAUGGGAGGAGACGGGGAGGAGUUGACCCACGAGAACACGCAUUACAUCAGCGCACUGUACGACGGCUGUCAGACACGCUCAGGACAGGAGAGGACAGUGUUGGAAUUUGACGCACCACAGUCUGGAACGCUCCCCAUCGUCGAUGUGGCUGUGUCCGAUUUUGGAAACGGGAGCCAGAAGUUUGGUUUCCAAGUUGGCCCCGUCUGCUACAACGGUUAACUGAGCCUGGAGUUUAAUUUAAUACUGAGGACACGGACACGUUCAACAUGCAGGGAGUAAAAACUACUUACAAGACAGACUGUCCGCCACGACAUGUAUUUAUACGUCAGUGUUGUCCAAUCAGACAAGAGUCAAAGUCACACUCAUUUAUUCAUCACUGACCUUCAUCACUGACCUUCAUCACUGACCUUCAUCAUUUCCAUGUGCUGUGUUUUCUCAGUGAACACAAA